AUGGGUGGGCUGCAUGGUGUUCCAAUCACCAUGUUAAACUACAGGGGUGUAAGAAAAUUGGCUAGCAGAGUGGGGAAAAUCAUUACAGUUAAGGAGGGCUGCAUCUCACUCCGCAAAGCUACCUAUGUAAGGGCUAAAGUGUGGAUUGAACCGGGUAACCCUCUCACUCCUAGCUUUCAUAUUACUAAACGAAAUGAGGUGGAGGAACCUGAGCCUACGGCGUGGUAUCCGGCGGAUAUUCCAGAUGGGGAUGAUUCUGACAAUGAAGACGGAGGCAAUGCAGACGAUGAUUCAGAUGAUGACAAUGAUCCUGGUCACUCACCACAGAAUUCUAAUGAUCAACACUGGGAUGCAACUAUGGAUGCUGCCUCUGAUCCAACAGUGCCCCAUACAUUCCAAAAUGGACACCUUGAUAAUGGUCAUGUCAAUUCAGGAUAUGGGGGGAGGGGGGAGGACAGGGAGGAUUUAGUCGAGUCCAAUAUUGAGCUGCAGUCCUCCUCUGAGUCUUCCACUUGUUCCAGUUUAAAAGUGAGAGCACGCAGGUUGAAGAAGUCUUCCAAGAAACACAAACGGGCACUGAAACCAGCUUUCUGUAUGCAGGCUUGGGAUUUGGAUUCUGGUGAUGGCUCAGAUGAUUCACUAGAUUGCUACAACAUUCGAAUGGCGGAUUCAGACAUUGAGAUGCAACAUGAACUUGAGAUUGAUGUUGCAGGCACUUUAAGGCGAUCAAUAUAGCCUAGUAAAAGAAGGUUCAUCAGAAAG